UUCCACGUCGCAGCUCUGCCUCACAGGCGAACUGGCUGCGUGUGUAUGCGUGUCUCCAGCUAGGCCAGAGAGUGAUGGCGGCGCCCGUCCUGAGAGUGUCCACCCCUCGGUGGGAGAGAAUAGCGAGGCUCCUCGUCUGCCUGCUGGGCAUACUGCUGUCUCUAUAUGCUUUUCACGUCGAGAGGGAAAAGGCGCGGGACCCAAGUUAUAAGGCUAUGUGCGAUGUCAGCAGCUCCAUCAGCUGUUCAAAAGUGUUCAGCUCAAGGUGGGGUCGAGGAUUUGGACUCUUGGGCUCAAUCUUUGGAAAUGACAGUGCACUGAACCAACCCAACAGUGUCUAUGGGAUCGUCUUUUAUGCCUUUCAGCUCCUACUAGGAAUGACUGUCAGUGCAAUGGCCGCCCUAAUUCUCAUGACGACAUCCAUCUUGUCGGUGGUGGGUUCGCUCUACCUGGGCUACAUCCUCUACUUUGUCCUGAAGGACUUCUGCAUCAUCUGUGUCACCACAUAUGCGCUGAACUUCAUUCUCUUUAUUCUCAACUACAAGCGACUGGUUUACUUGAACGAGGCCUGGAAGCAGCAGCUCCAGGCCAAGCAGGACUAAGCUGCCGAGAGCGGCGAGAAAAAUGCGACAAACGGGGAAAAAAAAGAGAAAUGUGACCUCUGAACAUUUGACUUGCCACCAGGAGACCUUGCUUCCAAACAAUGUUUAUUCUGCUGUGUGUUUAAAAAAAAAAAAAAUGAAGAAAUUUAACUUAAAUGUUGGGCCUGACAUCUCAAUGUUGAUUGCAAACACGGAAGGAUUUGUAAGUAAAAGGUGAUUUUUAUUUUAUUUUUUUUUCUUUUUGAUUUCUUUGUGUGUUUUUUUUUUAACAUUCUACUCACUUAAGGAAGGGAGUUGGGUGUGUGUGAGGGAAACGCAACAACCCAAGCAAGCAGAGACGGAAGGCCACAAAACACAACGAUGGAGGACAACUCUCAUUUGAACAAAAAGGAUCGCAGAACGGAGGAAAACGCAGGACAUUGGAAGAGGUUCACGGGCAAUGGUUAGAGAGCUCCUAUCACUGCACAGCGCAUCUGCACUAAAACACGGAGCCGAAUAAAGGGUCCCAAAAUUAGAAGAAAGAAACACUCAUUAGGUUAUCUCACGGUUCUCGGAUAAGGUUUUAUAGCAGGGGUGAGAAGGGGGCAACAAAACGAUUAACAUUUCUACAGGAUAGUUUUUUUUUUCUCCAUGUUUACACUUUGUAGUAUGUUUCUUUUUAAAGAGGACCACUAAAAAACACAGACGGGACAGUGUGAGAUAUUGUGUGUAGAUCAGUCAGAUUGUUUGUUUUUGCAAUUCUGUAAAUAGCUGCUGAGCAAUAUUCCAGGCUAGAUUGUGAUUUUUAGUGUUGACACCAACCUUUAAGGAAAAAUUUCAAAACAACCGACAAGAAAACGGGCGUAAAUCUGGAACAAAAAAUGAUGGAGGUCACAGCUUAGGUGGAUGCUCUCGGGACUUCUGGAGUCCUGUAAUUCUGGUCAGGCAUGCAGUUCAGACGUGUGUGGAUUUCUUUCUUCUAAGUGGUUAUUGUUUCAUCCGAAGCCACAGACACAAGUCCUUCAAAGAGAACUGCGGGUUCUUUUCACCAAGUUCACAUAAAGUCACCCUCACGCUUUUAUUUUUUUUGUUAUUGUGUGAAAAGCAUUCCUGACCACCACACGAGUGGGAUCCAUAAAGACUUAUGUGCCUAAAGGAGUGUUAAGGUGAAUUAUCUUUUUUUUUUUUUCUUUUUUGGGGUGUGGGUGGGUAAUGUCAUGUUAACACCACUUUUUUUUUUUCUCAUUGUUUUAUUGUCACAGGUCCAAGGCUUUAUUUUAUGAUCAUAAUUUUGUAAAUUAAAUUACCAGUGAAGUGUUUCUCCCUCCCUAAUAGUCUCAUGAGGUAGCAAAAGGCUGCUACACUGUGAUUGUCUGCUCAAGGGUAGAGCGGCCUGGUGGCAGAAGCGUCUCUUAUCUUGCUGUUUCGGUUCGUGUUCAUCUGGCUUUUGUAUACGUUCGAUGUCAACUGAACAGUAACGGUGAUCUUGCCAAGCUGAGUUACAGUUCAUUUGCAGGUUGCGAACAAAACGUGAAACAUGCAAAAUGCUUUGUCAAACGACAAAUGGAACAAGGCUUAAGAUUCUGUAAGAAAACUAAACGGUGUGUGAAGCCAUAUGUGGAGUCUGGGUGGGGUUUUUGCUCCAACAGGUUGCUAUUUACACUGAGUGGCUGAUCUAACAUAGCGAGGUUUGACUGAGAUAGAUCACUGUUUGGAUAAAAGGAUCCGCAGCUUGUAAAGAAGUGACAGUAGGACUGUAGUCUCUUUUUCAUCCAUUAAAGUAUCCUACUUGUCACACUCAUGGUACACUAUCUCCUGGCUUUAAGCGUAAUGUUGGCCAUCGGACAAUCUUCCACACAUUGUCAAAGAUCUGUCACAGUAUUAACUGUAAUGAAGUGAUUCAUCCGUGGUGAUAAACCAGCUUGUUAAUAGUUUCUAUCACUGCUAGUCUCCGUGUUCCUUUCGUAGAUUUUCCUUCACGGCUGUUUCAUUGGAUGAGAAGUGUUCAAGUCGUGAUGGUAGCCACUGUCAGGAAAGUGAUUUCAGUAAUGUGCUUCUGACUUUCACUUCUGAAAUCACUGGUUUUUUAAAAUCAUUUCUGGUCUUUCACACUGUGACCCAUUUGUUACAUGUCAUCCAGACACCAGUCAGCCACAACGUUACAACCACCAGCCUCAUAUUGUGUAGGUUUCCUCGUCCUGUCGAAGCACCUCUGAGUUCUAGAGUCAUGGACAUGGACCUGUACGGGUGUCUGUGGUAUCUGGAACAGGGAUGUUGGCAGCAGAUCCUUUGGGUGCUGGGUGCUGGGUGCAGAGUGAGGCCUCUCUGGAUCAAGCUUGUGGAGAAUUUGAAGGCCAGGCCAACACUGGGCUCUUUGUCAUGCUCCCUGAGCAUUUUUUACGGUACGGCGGGGCUCUGUCCUCUGCUGUUGCCACGGUGUACUUGGUCUGCAACCAUGUUUAGGUUUGUGGUAUUUAUCAAAAUAACAUCCACAUGAAUUUCAGAAGCCAAGGUUUCCAACAGAACAUUGCAUUUUAACAAGAUGAUCAAUGUCAGUGGUUAGAAUGCUGUGGCUGAUCAGUGUGCAGGCUGUUUACGGUUGACCGUUUUCCAAAUUAUACCUUGUGUAAUAGUGAUGAUCAGUGAAUCCUUCACAGUAAAGAUCUAAAAUACUGCUCAUUGUGUCAGUAUUUACCCUUUGGGUUGAAGUAAAUAAUGUCAGCUACUAGUUAAAUAUAGACUGCAGUGUCACUCUAACAUAACUUUAGAGUACUUCACCAAUAAAUCACAACUUGUGCCUGAUUGUGUAAAUUAAAGUCACAUAUCAGAAUUUAUUCAUUUCCUAAGAUGCAACUUGGCUUGAUUGACAGAUUUAUACAGAUUUGAGGGUGUUCGACUAAUAAUGGCAACUUGUGAGUGUAUGUGCAUUUCAAGUUUUUGUAACUUGAUGUCUGUGCUGUAAACACAAUAAUAGGAGCCAAUUGCUGCCUGGAACAGAAGAACUCAUCCAGGGUGUUACCUUCUCGGGGAGACGAUACCCAAUAGUAAACGUGAUCGAUUCACGUACAGUAAAGGCAGUCGUACUUGACAGACACCCAUGCAUUUGCUCGUUAUUACUGACAGUUUGUUCAGCAAAAAUGUCUGUUAGGCUCAAGUCAGAUGAAACCUCAAUCAGCAAAACUGCAAAUUAAAAUAACGUUUUUUAUUAAAACCUCUUUGGGGGCGGCCAAAAAGACCCUUGCAUUUAAACACUGGUUUGCUUUGGAAAACUGUCAAAAACAUCCAAGAACCUGUAGCGGUCUUCAUCAAACUGUUUUCCUCAAUAGAAUCAUUCACCUGCUUCCAUUCCAUCUCAGCAGGCCUUCUUUCACGACUCCCUCGUGUACAGUAUUGUCUUGUCCGGCUUACAUCAGGUUCUUUUUCAUCUCAGCUCGUAAUGAGAUUACCAACCACACUGUUUUGUCUUUGUCCUUUUUCUGGAAAAGCCUGUGCACUGUUACUUAUGACAAGUCUCCUAUGGAUUCUUGCCCAAGUCUUUUAUUUUUCUUUAGAGAAGUCAAACUGAUGUAACUUGCUAUUUUUUGGCAACAAGUAUGAGUCCUGUGAGUACUGACAUAGAACUGACAAGCGUACCGUAGGUAGCCUAUCAUUAUGCUCACGAUUCCACUCAUAUGCAAAUCUAUUACACUAGUUGUGUGAAGUUACUUUAAAUAAAUGGGCAAGGAAUUUGGAUGUUAGGUCAAAAGUUUGACAUCUUUGGCUGGUAUAAGGAUCACCGUGUUGUGUGAAGAUCUAAUGUCAAAAAAAGAAGGUGAAAAUGAUCAAUACUACAUCCUCAUGAAUAUUCAUUUAGGCCCUGAGGUAUAACUGCCAUGUUAGUUGCAUCACCAAUGCCAACAAAAGUGCCUUCUGUUUGAUCACUAGGCCUUGAGCCAAAGACAAGCAACAGUAAUAGCCUUGUAAAAUGAAGAAUGGUAACUGCAACAGGCACUUCUGCUUGCCUUCCUUAACAUGUAAUCUGAUAAAUUCGUAAAAUAAAAAAACCCAAAGAUUUGAUGUCCAGUAUCAGUGCAAAAAUCCAUUCAGAAAUUCCCAAAUAAAAUGCCCUGUCAAAUCAAUGGCCGUUCCUUUUUUCCUUCCUGAACUCCACUAUUGAUCAUCGUCUUUAUUUUGUCUAGUUUGUUAGCUACACUCUGUGCAAAUGAUAAGAUUGUAAUGUUCUUUUUUCAUCAUUAAUUAUGUCCUUUAGCUGUAUAGACUGUUAACAUUCUGGGUUAUUUUAGUAAAAAAAAAAAAAGAAAAAAGUUGAGGGGUUGGAGGGCUAGGAAUCCAUGUGUCAGCAUAAAAUGUUUAUUAAAUUUCUUUGUGGAGGAAAACUUACUGGGUUUGCUUCUAUAUUGCCAAAUAUGUUUUAAAAUGCUGUAUUUUCUUACAUGGAAAAGUGUUACAUGAAUGGUAGGAGGGCGUAGAGGAAAUAAUCUGUUUAAAUCCAGCUUACCUUAAGGGAAAACUGUGGAAAAGGUUGACAUGAGAACAUUUUUAAUUGUGUCAUUGUCAUGUGGAAAUGAUCUACCAUUAAAACAUUCCCUCUGAAA